AUGACCAAAAGAUUUCUUGAUAAAUAUUUCUCAUCAGCUAAGACGGGCAAGUUUAUAAAAGAAAUCCAUAACUUCUGCCAAAAAGAGACUGAAACUGUGUUUGAAGCUUGGGAGAGGUUUAAGGAGAUAGUCAGAAAGUGCCAACAUAGCAGAAUUGAACUCUGGAUGCAACUCCAGGACUUUUGGGAUGGAUUGACACCGGCCUCAUGUAGAACAUUGAGCAAUGCAGCUGGAGGCUCGUUGAUGAAGAAGACUCCACAGGAGAUAGUUACAAUUCUUGAUGAGUUGUCUAAAGAUGCAAAUCAGUGGCCCUCUGAGAGUGCUGAAAGAAGAAAAUCAACUGGUGUUCACCAAGUUGAUGCUAAUACAUUUCCGCAGGUACAGCUUGAUGCUAUGGCUAAAAAAAUAAGGAAGCUGACCUUGACUACAAUACAAAGUGAGCCUCAUGCAACGUGUGAUAUAUGUGGAAGAGAACAUCCUACUUAUGAGUGUCAAGCCUCAACUGAGGAAGUGGAUGCUAUGGGGAAUUACAACUUUAAUGUAAUGGCUCAGAAGCACCCCGAUUUUUCAUGGAGUUCACCUGGGGGUACCGCAAAUCCCAAUCAGCCUAAUCAGUCUAGCAUAGAAGAUCUAGUGAAGGGUUUCAUUAUCAAGACAGAUGAGAGGUUGGACGCUCAUGGAGCAGCUAUCAAGGAACUGUGGGCAAGUGUUGAAAGAUCUCACUCCGAUCCAAAAGAUGUGAUACCUGAAAAAGAAAGUGGGGAGCAGCUGAAAAGUGAUGGUAAUAAGAAGAAGAAAGGUCAGACAAAAGUCGAGAAAAAGAAGAAGGGAGAAACUUCGAGAAGGGAGGAACAUGAUGAGGGCGAGCAUAUGCCUGCUUUACCCUUUCCUCAAAAGCUAUAUAGAGAAAAGCCGGACAAGCAGUUUGAGAGAUUUUUGGAUGUGCUGAAACAGGUUCAUGAAACUGGAGAAGGAGAUCGGAGAGAUAAGGUCUACACCAAUAUCAUUGCAGUUGAAAAGACGGCACAAAAGGAAAAAUCAGCUCCAGGUGGUGAGUGGAAAGUGAAGGGCUUAAAAGAGAAGGCUGCGAUGAGUGAGAAAGAUAAUUGUGGGGUGUACCCUAAGAAGGCGGAGAAGAAGUUGUCUGCAUGGAUGUGUGCAUUAGUUCAGGCGCGAGGAAUGGAGCCCAAUUUUGACUCAGACCCCGACUAG